AUGUCUAUCACUAAAAUCCACGCUCGUCAGAUCUUUGACUCUCGCGGUAACCCUACUGUUGAGGUCGAUCUGCACACCGCAAAAGGCCGCUUCCGCGCCGCAGUGCCCUCUGGUGCAUCAACCGGUAUUCAUGAAGCAGUUGAACUUCGCGACGGAGACAAAUCUUCAUAUGUCGGUAAAGGUGUCCUCAAAGCCGUCGCAAACGUGAACGACACCAUCGCGCCCGAAUUGAUCAAGGCCGGUUUGUCCGUCACCUCGCAAAAAGAAAUAGACGACUUCCUGAUCAAGCUCGAUGGCACUCCGAACAAGGGCAAGCUCGGCGCCAACGCCAUCCUUGGUGUAUCGAUUGCCGUCGCUGAGGCUGCUGCUGCUGAGAAGGGAGUUCCUCUAUACCAGCACCUCGCUGAGCUUGCGGGCGUCAAGCCCCCUUACGUCCUUCCUUGCCCUGCUUUCAAUGUGAUCAACGGUGGAUCGCAUGCAGGAAACAAGCUCGCUUUUCAGGAGUUCAUGCUCCUUCCUACUGGCGCUACUUCCUUCAGCGAAGCCAUGAAGAUCGGUACUGAAACGUAUCACACCCUGAAGAAAGUCAUCAGCGCAAAAUACGGCAUCGAUGCUGUAAAUGUUGGCGACGAAGGAGGAUUCGCUCCCAACGUUUCCGGUGCCGAUGAAUCCCUCGAACUUUUGUCCGAGGCCAUCAAAAAGGCUGGGUACGAGGGCAAGGUCAAAAUUGCUCUUGAUGUCGCUUCAUCUGAGUUCUACAAGGAGGGUAAAUACGAUCUAGAUUUCAAGAACCCCAACUCCGACCCGACCAAAUGGAUCUCUGGCGUCGAACUCGCUGACCUCUAUCUCGGCUACGUUAAGAAGUACCCUAUCAUCUCUAUUGAGGACCCCUUCGACCAGGAUGAUUGGGAAGCGUGGACCCACUUCACCAAGAACAGCGGCAUUCAAAUUGUCGGUGAUGACUUGACUGUAACAAACCCCCUGCGUAUUAAGACUGCCAUUGAGAAGAAGGCUUGCAACGGUCUUCUGCUCAAGGUUAACCAAAUCGGCACAGUCUCCGAGUCCAUCCAGGCUGCCCAGCUCUCCCAAUCUGAUGGCUGGGGUGUCAUGGUUUCUCACCGUAGCGGAGAAACUGAGAACACUUUCAUUGCUGACCUUGUCGUAGCUCUGGGUGUUGGCCAAAUCAAGACGGGGGCACCUGCACGAAGUGAGCGUGUUGCCAAAUACAAUGCUCUGCUCCGGAUCGAGGAGGAGACUGCUGGCUCUGGUGCAUUCUUUGCUGGCGACAAGGGGCUCUCGGCUGGUCAUAAUGCACCUGCCUUACUCAAGAAGUGA